AAGCAGAAGUAUCGUCAACAAAUAUAUAAGUUCUGAAAGUAUUUUGCGCGGCGGCGCAUGCGUUUGAAGAAUCUAAGAUGCGAGCUGCAUUGAUAUAUACAUGGCAUCUUUGUGUAGAGUUGCAAGUUUUACAUAUUUUUGUUUUUUUCACACAAUUUGUUGUUUAAUAUCCCUUAGGUUAAUAUAUAUCUUAAACGCGAGCAUUUGUAAAGCACUUUAACUUUAACUUUAACUUCAAAUUUAUCCAUACGCGUCGAGUAUGCUAACAGACACAAAUAAAAGUGGCAACACCGCUUGUCGCUUGUUUAGGUUGCGAUGUUGCAGAUACUCGAUGAACGAGUAUCAUCACAGUGUAUCCCGUGUAUCCUCGCUUCUGGCAUUUACCGUAAAUAUAACGCAUCUUUGGGAGACAAAGAUGUGCGGCACUAAUCGAAGACUACUUAUUUGCAUUAUGACAUAACGUCAGAAAAUAUUAAAUGAGUCAUUCUGGCACUAUCUCAUAUCGUAUUCUAAUGAGGAAAAGAAAUUACUUGUUACUUUUGCGAUGGAGACUUUGAGAAGUGAUACACUAUGUGCUUCUGACUCCAUGCAUUCUUUAUCGAACAUUAAUUCACGUAUUGAUGAAUUAUCAAAAGAAAAAGAGGACUUUUUAUGUGGUACAGAUGAAGAGGGUGAUGAUGAAGAUGCUCUCUCAGAUGAUAGUUUGCGCUUAAGGCUUUCUGAUGAUGAUGAAGAAGAAGCUCAGAGUGCUCUAACAUCAGCUUUGGAUGGUGAAAGCACCAGCCUAGAGAUUAAUAAAAAUGAAGUGAGGCCUGACGAAAAAGGAGACGUAGAAUCUGCUCCAGUUCCUGAUUCAGAAAAAAAUAAUACUCUGGUGCAAUCAGAGGUAGUGAAUGAAGAGGAACAAUGUUCAGGUAAUGAUUUAAUGGAUGACAACAUUGUAAUUGUUCAUGAAAAAAAGGGUACAGAAUCUACAGGUGAAUCGAAGAAGCUACAAUUAAAUAAUAUGUUUCGCCCAUGGCCAUGUUAUGAAUGGAGACUUGCUAGGUCUAACUAUCGACCAUUUCGUAGUAAUCCUCGUUAUACAGUACCUAGGAGAUAUUAUAGACCUCAGCCAUAUGAACAUAGAAGAUAUUCUAAUGUAGUUCCUCAUUUUGAACGCGGGAGAGCUAAUGGAAUGGUUAAUUCAUAUAAUACCAAACAACUGCCUAAUAAGGUACAGGACUAUACACCUGGCGAAUCAUGCAAUCUAAAGAAUUCAUCUGGAGAUGACCAAAAUACGGAGUCUGAGCCAAUUAAGAGUACUCCUCUAAAAGAAACAAUUAUUAUGGAUAUUAUAGAAGUUGAAGAAGGCAUGAACACAUUGAAUGGUGAAUCUUCAGUUAGUAAUGACGAUAAUGAUCAAAAAGAAGAAGAAUCAUUGAAUGAAAAUAAUUCUAUCAAUAAUUCAGUAAUAUUAGAGAAUAAUUCAGAAACAAUAGCGUCUAAUAAUGACAAAUGUACAGAUAUUAUAGCUACUGAGGAUAUUAUUUUAAAUGAUAAGUGUGAUGAACAAGUUACAACCUCCGUAAUCGAUUCUAAUGAUAUUAGUUAUGUACAAAUAGAUCAAACCAUUAAUAAUAGUAUUGAUACUUGUUCUAGAGAGAUUUAUAAUUCUGAUAAUUCAAAUCAAAUGGACUUAUCAUUUGUACACAAGAAAAGCGAAACUACAGAAUUUGUUAAAAACCAUGAUGUAAAUAAUGAAAAUCAAUCUGAAAUCUCCUCUAACACUAUUGUGAAUGUAAAUGAGCAGAAUAAAGAAAUUAAAUUAGACAAACAAGACUUAAAUAAAAAUACAGAAUUUACAGAUGAAAAUCAGAAAAUAGAAUUAUCUGAAAAUAAUUAUAUAUUAACUCCUUUAGAUACUACAGUAGAUAAAGAAAUAGUAAAUAAUGAAUUAAACAUAGAUGAAGGAACAGCUACUAAUGAAAUUGAACAGAGUAACGAAAAUAAAAGAGAUACAGUUAUUGUACAAAGCUUGAAGUCGAAUGAACGUUGUGAAAAGAAAAUUAUAUCAAAUGAUUUGACUAACAACGAAGAUACAGUUACACAAAAUAAUGUAUUAGAAGAGCUGGCGACUGCCACUGAUAAAUGUGAUGACACUCAAUUAAAAAAUUCUGAUAAUAGUAAAAAUUAUAUAGAAAUUUGUAAACCGGUCGAAGAUGAGACAAUUCAAUCCGAAAUUAAAGUUCAGAAAGACAGGGAAGAUACUAUAGAAAAGGAUGUAGAACUAACAGAGAAAGAAACCGGGCCAACGAAUGUUACGAAUAGAAUAGAGCAACAACAAGGAAACAAAGAGUCAAAAACGAAUGAAAAAAAAUCGGUCAAUGUAGAAGACCAGAAUAAUUUCUUAGGUUUUGUUACUAGCACAAAAAAUGAUAGAAAAGAUGAUAAUGUUAAAAAAAAUGAUGACGUUCUCGUACCAACGCGAAAAAGGAGGCGACGAACAAAAAAAAUGAUGCUACAAGAACUUACUUCAGGCGAAGACACACAAGUAUGUUUAUCUUGGGAAAGGAAUAUACCUCAUACUUUUGAAAAAAGAACGACAACAGUUGUUGGAAGGCAAAAACGGCGAACCGCUAAAAACGCUGAAGAAAUAAUAAGGAAGAAAUUUCUCAGUAACGAUACUGAUACAGAAUCUAGUGACAGCUCGGAUAAAUUUGUAGCCGUAAAUUAUAAAAUGAAUCUUACGCCAGAUGUGCGUCCGUUAUCUCCACCUUCAUUAAAACGUACUAGUCUGGAUAAUCAUAUUGCUGAUAUAAAUGGGAGUAUUAAAAGAGUUAAACUAAAUCACGGAUCACUGCUGAAAGAAGUAAAAGAAACCAAUAUCGAUUUAGAGAAAAUUAAAAAAUUAAAUUUCAUUCGCAAAUUUUUUCACCGUGAUUUAAAUGAGAAACUGCCAAAGAUAACACAGGAAGAAUUAGAGGAACUCUUAAUACAAAAAAUUGUUGAAACGAUCACUAUGCGUGAUGAAAUUGGUAAAUUGAGGGAACAAGCACAAACAUCUGAAAGGAAUCAAGAAAUAAUGCGUGCCAAGUAUCAACAAUUAGCUAGACAAGUUAAAGAUUUUGAAAUGGUCCUGAAUCGUUAUGCGUCGGAUCGGCGAGCGAAUAAUGACAAAACUGUACCACCAAUUAAGAUCAAUAGAUCCGUUGGAUUGCAAGUUAAUAUCUUAGUGGAACCUGGAGUGCAGAAUCUACGGCAAUUACAACAAAAUUCAAAUAUUAGGCUCUUGCAUGUUUCCAACAGUAGCAACACGCCAAGUACUUCUACUACUGAAACAAAUAAUGCAGGUAGCCCAAGAAGAGGAAUUAAAGUAAGAUCCCCCAGGAGGACAGACUUGAUAAAUGGACAGACGCCAGUUGUAUCGCAAAAUAACACGACGUCUUCAAACAUAAUGACUACCAUUACCCCUGCAGCUUUAGUUGUCACUAAGCCUGUAGAUACCCAACAUUCUUUAACGUUACCGAAUCAAUCUAACGCCCAACCAAUUAUGUCAAGUCAACCACCGCAACAAACUGUAGCCAUAAAUGGUAAAUUACCAAAUCAUGUAAAUCGUCAAGCAUCUAUUGCGACAAAUGUUACAAAACCGCAUGCAAAUGAUCUCAUCGAUCUCACUGACGAAGAAGAGAAAAACAAAGGUACUAGUGCACCAGUGGUAAAAACUACAACAGCUGAUCAACAAAUAAAUAUAACGCAAAAACCACAACAACAAUGCUUCCAAAGGGUAAUUCAAACCAUUCCUAGCAAUGUAGCUAUAACGAAUCAUCAAUCUCCUAGUUUAAGAGUAGUUCAACCCGCUAGCCAACCAACACCUACCGCUCUAGUGAAUAAUAUGAAUGCGCCUCGAUUAGCUUACGUAAUGCAAACCAAUGUAGGAUCCAAACAAUUCUUAAUAACGCCGAGUACCACUUCGAUGAGACCAGUGACUACAUGUAGACCUCCGUUUUCAACUAUAACUUACAAAACAGGAAUAUCAACAGUAGCAAGUGAUACGGUUCAAGUUUUAACUACGUCAGCAGCACCGAAUGUACAAAUGAACAAGCACCCCGCGCCUUUACCAGAUGUACGCAAUUAUGCUCCAAAUCCUCAUUGGAAACUUCCACCACCAGCCCCAUCAUUGAAAAUUUCUAAAGUUGCAAAUGGCAUAGUACUGUCUUGGAAUAUGACCUUAUCAGACAAACAUGCAGACAUAGCUAGUUAUCAAUUGUACGCGUAUCAAGAAAUUAAUGGUGUUGCGCCUAACACAUCACUAUGGAAGAAAGUAGGCGACGUUCGAGCAUUACCACUGCCGAUGGCGUGCACGCUUACACAAUUUUCCGAGGGGAAUAAUUAUUACUUUGCGGUUCGAGCAGUUGAUACACAUUCCCGAAAAGGACAGUACAGUAUACCUGGCAAUAUUUCUUUAUAAAAUACACGAUAAAUCUUAAGCUUGUUAUUGUUAUAGUGUUAACGCACAAUUAUAGCAAGUCAUGACGUUGUAUAGCUACCAAUUUCAUACUGUCCAUCAUCAUUUACUUUCUUAUUCAUUACUGGUAAGAUAUAUUUAUAUAGGAUUAUGCGAAUGUUAAUAAUGAUCAUAUUUAAUAGAUCGCUACAUAUAGAAACACUUGUUGUAUCUAUAUAAUUAUAAUUAUUCGUACAAUUCUUGAUAUGAUAAUUGUAGUAAGCGUUAAUAUGAAUAUUUCAUGUUUUUUUAUACGGUUCUCAUUUUGUACACAGUUAAAAAAUACAAAUUACGAUUUUAACAAUAUGCAGUUUUAUGUUCUUAUGUCUUCACUUGCAGAAUUGUUAAAAUUUCACACAUUUUUGUGCCAUGUUUCAUAUAAAGUGUUACGAUUUAUUAGUAUAGCGUAAACAGAAAGAUAUUUUGAAUUACUUUAAUUGUUUAAUCAUACAAUUACUAAGUGAUGUAGACACAAAGACAAAUGAGAUAAAAUACUCUAGUCAAAAAAAAAAAAUUGAAAAAACAUCUUUCGCGCUGGAAGAUGAAUAUUGAUAAUCACUGAAAGUGUUUUCUCCGUUUAUAUUUAUCUUCUAUUACAUUUAGUUUAGUUCCAUUAAUAACCACUGCGUCAGUCAGGUUAAUCAUUACAUAUAAUUUGCUCAAUUUUGAUACAAUAAUAGUAAAUUUCAAAUAGAUGAUACAAUGCUCUAUAUGAACGUGAUGUGAAAUAAAUGUGUAUUAUUAGAAAUUGAAACUACUGUAAUAUAAUCAUUCUGUUACA